AUCACAAAGGGUUGAGCACGAGCUUAAAAUUCAGCUGAAUUUAACAAAAAUGUGAAAAUUAUUUAAUUUAAUUUGUAAUUUGCUAAUUUCAAAAAACAAUUACACCCCAAUUUAAAACAUGGCAGAAAUCAUCAGUUCGUGUUCGUCAUGUUGUGCCCCAUUCUCCCCAGAGGAAUCUCGCAUUACGGAAAUAACCAUCAUUUCAGCAAAACAUCACGACGACUUGUUAGGCGAAAUUGAAAUCCAUCCCGACCAAGGGGUCAAAGUUUCCAUUCAAUCCGUUCUACGAGAACUGUUUGUAUUCCAAGUUGGGUCAUAUUUUGACCCCCAAUUGUGUCACGAUUGUGCAGACUCGUUGCAAAAGUUGCACUUAUCUUUCACCCAAUUUGUCGGUCUUUUAAAUGACACCGGAAAAUUGUUUAGCGCACUUGGACCCAGAGUUAAACUAGACGUGUCGCAAGGGAAGGAAGCGACAACACUUAAUUAUGACGGGGCAUCAAUUUUGGACGUGCUUAUCAAAGAAGAGGCAGACUCGGGAGGGGAAGAUGACCCCUUCGUGUGUGGAAAUGAUGGUGACUCGGAUACCGGGAUGGAUAACGAUGAUAUCGAAUCGAUAUCUGAUGAUGAGGACACUGAUGACGAGGACUUGAGUGACCAGCGUGACUACAAAUUACGACCACGGCGAUCAAAAUCUCGCGAGCGUGAGUCCACAAAUCUCGUCACUUUCGAUUCUGAGGAAGACUUUGACUGUGAGGAUGAACAGUCUAGCGAUUGGGAAGAAGUCCAAUCCAUUUCUGAACUCAGUGAUGGCGAAGGCGAAGGCGGUGGCGAUGGCGAUGGAGAUAAUCCCAAUGCACCAUCAAAUUCUUCCCCCAAAGUGAAAAAAGAAGACCCGGUCCCUGACCCAACUGCCGGCACAGUGGAAGGCACAAUGGUCUGCCCGUUUCCAUCUUGUCUUCGCACCUACACUAAAAGGAAGUCGUACCGUCGCCACUACAUCUCCGCCCAUCUGCGUGGCACUCGCCGCCGUUCCAAAGUCAAGAUCCACACCUGCAAGAAAUGUGACCUCACCUUUUCCCACAAAGAUCUCUUCCGCAUCCACAAGGAGUCACAUAAGCCUAACUCGACUUCAAUGAAGCUUCACAAAUGUCCCAUAUGUUCCCAGCCCUUUGCAAAACUUCUCCUCCAUGACCACGUCAUUUCCCACGGUGUCGAAAACCCAUAUUCCUGCUUGGAGACGGAUUGUCCUGAAAAAUUUCCGACCUUGUCUCUCCUCCAAAAACACAGAACCAAUGCCCACUACAAACUCAGACUUCGCACGAAAUGUACCGUCUGUUCUAGCACUUUCCGAUCUUCGUGGCACAUGCGACGCCACCAAGAACGUAUCCACAUGGUUCGAUCGGACACAACAGACGCUCAAUUCUGUUGCGACACGUGCAGCAAAGUAUAUCCUACGGAAAAACAACUCAAAGAACAUGUUCGUUCGCACUCCUCCCAAGAAAAAUGUAGUUGUCCAUUUUGUGGUAAAAUUUUCGCCUAUAAGCGCUCCAUGCGCCGCCACCUGACACUUCAUACCACUGCGGGACAAAAAUUGUACUGCUGUUGGGAAAACGAAUGUGGGCAAAUUUUCGCCAGUAAGGAAAACCUUGUCCAGCACCAUUUGGACAGACACCCCUCCUCCCAAGUCAAGCUUAAUCUUGCCGACUUAUGCAAGAUGGAAGAGGAGAUUGGUAUAGAAGACGACAUAAAGGGAUUGAGGGAGGCUAUAUUUCGCAAAAAUAUGGCGAAACCGGAGGUAAAUAAGGUCAGGACUAAACGCGACCCUAAUCAACCUUGUCCCACUUGUGGAAAAAUCGUCGUCAACCUAGCCACUCAUCUGGCCACGCACAUCUCUCCACGGAUAAGACACUUGUGUGAAUUAUGUGGUCAGGACUUUUCAUCCCGGUCCGGACUGCUGGGUCAUGUCCAGUUUCGCCACAAACCGGUGACCCCUCUGCUCUGCUCGAACUGCGGAAAAAGUUUUAAGCGUAACAGAGAUUUGCGAGCGCAUAUGAAACUGCACGAGCUCGGCGAUGCGAAACCUUUCACUUGUCAAAUCUGUGGAAAACAGGUCAGGACGGAGAAGAGUUUACGACAACAUGUCGACCUGGUUCAUACCAAGAUAGGGAAGCAGUUCAAGUGUGAACAGUGUGGCCAUGAAUUCAAGCAGAAUCAUAACUUGAGACAGCAUAUCAAAAUGGUACAUCAAGGAGAGAAGAGAAGGCCGAGAGAACCAGGCAGUGAAAUUCGACAUAAGCGGAAGAAGACCUCUCCUGCUUCAUCUAGUACCGAUUAUCGAUACCACGGACAUGAUAGUCGACUGGACGUUAGUCCAGUCAAUCCACAAUUCUCACAUCCAGCGACUUACCCACUCUAUUAUGGAUCGAGUGGAUUGUAUUAAUUAUUUUUCCUUUUGCAUUUAAUAAGUGCAUAAAUAUGUAACUACAUAACUAAACCAUUUAUUUAAGAUGUAAUUGUAAUUGUACCAUCUCCACGGUUUAGCACAUUUAAAAUAAUUCACUUUGUCGCUUAUUUAUAAAAUGUAUUUAGUGUGGAAUGUUUUAUACAUGAAAAUGACGUAAUGUUGCAUUUUUCUUCAACUUGUAUACACUUUUAAUGCAUUUCGUAAUUAUUAAAACAUUUUUAAAAAAAUAGAUUAAUUUAGAAUCAACAUUCAGACGUUUUCAGUUGAAUAUUUUGAAAAAAUAAUAAUUUGAGAAUUUACGUGUUAAAUACAUAUGUACAUAAAUAUUUAAAGCAGCAUGCUAAUUUUGGAUCAAGUUUAAUUUGUUAAUAAAUAGGCAUUACUAGGGAAAUGUAGCAUUAAUAGUUAAUUGCUAAUUUUAGUCUGACUAAGGCUGAAUAAACACUGCACACUGUAAGUUUUUUUAUUCCUAUG